AUGCCUUCAUUCACCCCCAACGAGCGCGAGCGCAGGAUUCUGCAGCUGUCUCAGCAAUGGGGCAUCGUCCUCCCGCCCGUUCCUCCUCCGCUAUCACGGCCCAUGCAACCGCCCUCGUUUCGCACGCCUGCCGACGACGAGGUGGCCGAAGCUCUUGUCCAGCAGCGGGCGGCGGAAUCAGCAAAGGCGCGUCCCAAGAGCGGCCUCAGAGGGGCCUUUUCUUCAAACAGCCUCAAGAAGGGCAAGGCUGUCGAUGUCAAGGAUGUCCUCGACGUCCUGGGGCAGUGGAUCGACAACACCGGCUCGCCGGGCGUCGCCGAGGCUCUCAUCCUCAAGCUGACGGCGGCCGGCGUGGAUCUGGCGGGCUCGCAGCAGCACAAGAGCGGCAUCCUCAGCAGGAGGAAGAGCCUGGACAGCUUCGAGGGCCGCACCCAGCUGCUGAGGUCUGCCGUGGAAAGAAACAUGUCGGACAUGGUCCGCGUCCUGCUUCCCCACGCCGACUCCCUUGCGCUCGAUGCGUCUCUUACCAUUGCCAUCCGAAACGGCAAUGCCCAGAUUGUCGAGAAUCUGCUGAGAUAUGGCGCCAACGCCUCGCGAUUGACCGAGACGCAAACCGCCUUUCGUCAUGCUUGCUCCAACCAUGGAAUGUCCGGCAUCGUCAGCCUGGUGCUUCAGUCCGAUGGCCGGCCUCCUGCGGCUCUAAUAUCAGACGCCAUGAUCGAUGCCGCGAGGGCAGGCAACUUACAGACCGUCCUCUAUCUCAGCCGCUCCACGGCUGAUGGAAACCAUCGGCAUGCCGAGGCCCUGAGGCAAGCAGUUGAACUGGGUCGGAAGGACAUUGCAGUGGCCAUCAUCAUGGGGAACCUGCCACCACAGCGGCCUGGCCUGGACAGCGCCUUUCAAGCUGCCUUUGAGCACUCGUCGAUGAACCCAGCCUCCAAACUGGAGCUAGCAGAGCUCUUGCUGUGUGCCGGCGCCGGAGGGGACUUCUUGUCCCAGGCCCUGGAGCUGUCAUGCGAAACCCAAUUCUACGACAUGGCCAACCUGCUGGCCGUGUACGGCGCUUCAAUAGAGUAUAACGACGCCUCGAUGCUGAAAGGUGCCAUUGCCCGCGGGCAGCUAGACCUGGUCAACUCACUUCUCCACGAGCGAACAGCUCUGAGCCCUCCUGCGGCGUCAAGUUGUGUCGCGGCCAUUCCAAAGCAGGCUGCCUUUGAAGUGCGCUACUCGUUGCUUACCCUUUUGCUGAAGAAGGGGGCCAACGGCGAGGCGCUACAUGAGGCUCUCAUCAAUGCUGUUGAGGCUGGAGAUGUAGAUUCCGUCGAGCUGCUUCUCAAAACCCACUUUCCAACGACGCAAUCCAAUGGACACAAGCCCGUCACCAGUGGGCGUCACGCCGUUGCGUCUGUCGAUUAUAAGAAUGGGAGAGCCAUCGGCGCCGCAGUCAUGCAGUCGAAUGUCGAGAUGACGAGGCAGCUCUUGGCGGCCCGACCUUCGGCUGAGACACUGACGGCCGUCUUUCCACUUACCAUGAGGUUGUCAGGCACAGACCGCUACCAAAUGGUGGAACAGUUUCUGAGACACAAGCUACCUGCAUCAACGUUGCAUGCUGCCCUUCAGGACGCCAUUGCUGAGGAUAUCUCUAAGAGAGAUGAAGCACUCGUUGGCCUGCUGCUACAGCGGGACGCGGACAUCAACUUCAACAAUGGCGCCGGCCUGGCUCCCCUCAUUGCACAGAAAGAUACCCGCCUUCUUAUGCCUUUAUUGAAGAAGGUAACGCCACAGACUGCGGCCGCGAGAACAUACGAUGCUAUGCGAGUCGACGAUCACAGGACGAGAUUCGGAAUCAUGACAUCCCUGCUCAUUGCGGGCGCCUCUGCCGGCGUGGUCGAAGUUGCCACGGCAUUAUCAGAAACCCUGACCGAGAAGCCUGUCGACAUGUCACUCCUUGCGCUGUUGCUGCAGAAAGGCCUUGCCGAUGUCAAUGCUCUGGACGGCGUAGUCAUCGAAAAAGCGGUGCUCAACCCCGACCCAAAGGUGCUGGAACUGGUCUUUAGUCUGGGAAAGCCCACAAGUCAGUCAGUAAGCAAAGCACUGCAAACCCUUGCUUCGACCACCCCGUCCGACGGGAAGACCUGGAAACUGCGAGUGUUGUUGCCGAGGUCCGAUCGCAAGGAGGACUUGGAUAGCUUUCUUGCUCAAGAAGUGCAGUUCCUUGCUCAAAACGUGGGAGGUCAAAAGCAGUUGCCGCUCGCUGCGCUCGAGUUGUUGCUGGAAUCCGGGGCCGAUCCAAAUGCAUACAAAGCCGCGGCCUUGUGCCACGCAGUCAUGGGAGGCAACAUUCGCAUCGUUGAUUUAUUAUUCGGACCGCAGUGCCGCUUGAACCAAGCUUCUCUGCGCCUCGCGCUCCCGCAUGCCCUGAGGCUGCAAGAUCCUAUGAACAGAUUGACGCUGACCAAGAGACUCGUGGAGGCUGGGAUCUCGCCGCAGGAGGUCAAUCAGGCGUUGAUCCAUGCGAUCAAGACGUACCCCGAGGAUUUCGGCCUCAUACGGACCCUGGCUGGCAAGGCUGAUGCUUCAGAUGGCGAAGCUCUGUCCCUCGCCGUAUCCAAGGAGUCUGUGGAUGUGACUGACAUUCUGCUGCAAGUCUCUAACCACUCGGUCAGUAGCCGUAGCUUGGCGCUGACUCGAGCGAUGGAAAUCAAGAACCGCCCAAGCAGAAAUACCCUAUGCCAACGGCUGUUGGCAUACGAGAUUUCGGCGACCGCGGCAUCAAACGCUCUUCUGGUUGCCGCUCGUGAGGGCGAUGUCAAGCUGGGCGACAUUCUCAUGUCUCAUGGCGCGAGCAUGUCGGAGAACAAUGGCCAAGCCGUCAUCGAAGCAUGCCGUGGAGGCUCCGUGGAAGUGCUCAGAGUUCUCUUGGGAACGGAUAUGCAAGUGCACAAUGCGACUCUCGAAGAGGGGUUCCAAGCAGCUACUGAGGUUCGCGACUUGAGCAAGCGCGCCAUGAUCUUUGAGCUGCUCCUGGGUAAGGGGUUCAGGGGGGAGCUUGUUGAUGCGCAGCUGGAGACGGCAGCAAGAUAUGGGAAAGAUGGCCAGGCGAUUCUGAGAGUCUUGCUUGUUGCCGGGGCAGACCCGAAUUAUACCAAUGGCGAAGCUGUUGUUGCCGCAACGAGAAGCGCCUUUGUCGAAAACCUGGAGCUCCUCCUCGGUCUUUGGGACGAAGGUGAUAGUCAGAAGAAAGUCUCAUCCCCUACACUAAUCCGGGCACUUAAGGCGUGCUGGAGCCUGAAUCGCGACACUCGAUAUCACAUAAUUGGCGAUCUUAUGAAGGCCGACUUGCCCGUGGCAGAAGAUUUACACAUUGCUCUGAAUGAUGCAGUAAACGAAGAAGAUCCCGAAGAGAGGCUGGUGAAGCUUCUGCUGGACUACGGAGCUUCACCCUCGGCAAACGGCUGCAAGACCUUGGUCGAUGCUGUACAAAAGUCUCUCUCCCCAGUGUUGGCUCUCCUGUUGGAUGUCGAGAUUCCGCAGCACGACAUUGACAUGGCGUUCAACAACUCAUUCAAGGCCGACAACUUUGAUGCUUGGUUUACACGGUCCGGGUUGGAAACGGCGCAGAUGCUAUUGACAAAGGGCGCAAAGGGCGACGCUCUUAGCGAAGCCCUCGUUCAAGUUAUGAAGAAUGCCAAUUACAACGCCGAGCUUGCUGAUGACUUUUUCGACGUCCUCACCUCUCAUGCUCCUAAUGUCAAUUAUCAGAAUGGCGAGCCGCUGCGGCUUGCGGCAUCGCAAGCAAAUGUCGAAUGGACGCACAGGCUCCUUGCGUGCCACCCAUCCACAGAGACGCUCACGUUUGCGUUUCACUGCAUAUUCGAUACUGCCCUAUCUCAGGACGAAGUGUUGGAGCUUUUCCAAAUGUUUGCAGAUCAUCACGAUGGAGACGUUCGGCUCGAUGUCAUGGCUACGCGUGCCGGCUCCAUGCCGGUGCUGGGGAGAGCUAUUUCGCAGUAUCCUCGCUCCUCAACCAUCUUGACGACGCUGUUGGAUGCCGGUUACUAUUAUGAUCAGUCCAUGCUAUACAAGCUUCACGAAGAAAUUGAAGAGGAGGAGGAGAUGACGCUGCUCACAUGGGCCAUUGCCCAGCCGCAAAAGAAAGUCAGCUCGAAUCUGAUUCAGAUCCUAGUAGAGCGUGGAGCCAAGGUCAACGUCGCCACCAAGCUGUCGGGAACGACUCCUCUAAUGCUAGCUGUUCGAGAACGUCGCCCAGACAUCGUCAAGUUGCUUCUACUAGAGGGGGCUGAUGUAGAUGCCAUGGACUUUUUGGGGAGAACUCCAAUGGCCAUGGUGUCCCAUCUGGGCGGCGAUGUCGCUAUCAAAAUAAUGUCUACUCUGCUUGCCGCAGAACCGUCCAAGGACGAUGGUUCAUUACACAACGCGGCUCGAGAUCUCAACCUUACAGCAGUCACGGUUCUCAUAGAGGCGGGCCACGAUCCAGACUUUCCGAGCCCGCUACACAAUGGCCGCAGCGCCCUCGGAGAGGUUUGCUUGCAUGGCGCAGACGGCGAGGAGAUGACGCCCGAGCGGGAACGCAAGAUGCAGAAAGUCAUGACAUUCCUGGUUGAGAAGGCCAAAUGCGAUCUCACCAUCAAGCUGGACGGCAAGUCCAUGCUGUACCUCUGCUUUGAGGCUGCAGAUCCAGUCUCGACGACACGCGCCUUCUUGAAGAGCGGCAUGUGGAGGUUUGUCAACAAGCCGUUCAACCAGUAUGCGGACGAAACGUUUGUGUAUUCGCCAACAAUGUAUGUCAACAAGAUUAUGACGUCGUCCGACGCCCGUGAUGAACUCCUCACCGUUCUUCGCGCCAACCGCGCCACGGACGUGUUCUACGCCAAGGAAGGCACUCAACCAGAGGGCGCCGUCGGAUUGCCGGAGGAUAUCGAAGUACGAGAGCGUCUCCGCAAAGCCCGCUCAGAGCGGCUUGCGGAAGAAUCCCAGGACUUUGCCGUUGCAUUGGCCAGGAAGAAGGAGCUGGCAUCCGUCGAGCAGCAGAUACAAUCGCAAAAGGCGGAAAUGGAGGAUGCUCGUCGCAGGAGGCUACAGUCAGAGGACCUCGCUACCGUCCGCUCCAAGGCGCAGUUGGAAGAGAGCCUCGCAAACGAUGCCUUUAGACGACGUCUCUCGGAACAGCGCGCCGUGACGGAAGCCACACUAGCGAGCUCCAGAGCCAUGGCGGCGUCUGAGCUCGAGGCCGAAGAGGCGAGGCAGCGCAAGGCGCUGGAGUGGGAGAACAAGCUCAACGCGGAGCGAGCGGGCAAUGCGCGCGCUCUGAUUGAGAUGCGCAUCGGCGAGAGGGAGGAGCUGGAGCGCAUCGACGUGGCGUCUGAGCAGCGGAUCCAGAGGAGGCUGGAGGCGCAGAGGCGGUUGGUGGAGAGCCAGGAGAAGCUGGCGAGGAGGUUGGGGGAUGGGCCUUUGUCGUCGGCGGAUGCGAGGAGGCAGAUUGGGUAUGUUACUGAGUUGAAUUAG